AUGCCGCCGAAGUAUACGCUAUCCGACUCCGAGUCUGAAGCUGAGGGCGAGGUGCCCAACAUUCCUUCUGACCGGGUUCUAGAAAAAAGCCUUCGAGAUCGAGUAGCUGCGAUCUUCAAGUCGGGGAACAUGGAUGAAUUGACCGUGAAGCGUGUGCGACUUGCGGCGGAAGCUACACUAGGUCUCACAACGGGCUACUUCAAGUCUACAGCUGACUGGAAAGUGCGGAGUGAGGAUAUAAUAAAGAACGAGGUGGAAAUACAAGAUCAGGCAAUACAAAAUCCACAAUCCCAAACACCCAAAAAGACCCCCUCUCCGCCAAAACCUAAGCCCACUGCCACUGCGAAGCGAGCAAAACCUGAGACCGCGCCGAAGUCUAGGAAACGCCAGAAAACUAAGACGCCGGUGUCCGACGAGGAGGUUGAGCUAGCAGUCCCGUUGGACGACGAAAGUGAUGAGGUCACAAAGCCUAAGAGUCGAUCGAAAGCACCAGUUAAGCAGUCGCCGAUGAAGAAGUCACCAGCGAAGAAGGUCUCCGUACAGAAACCCAAGAAAGAUAUAUCAGACGCUUCUGACUUCUCCGGCGAUGAGAGUGAUAAUGAUGAUGUCACAAAGCCAAAGAAACGAUCGAGAGCGUCAGUAAAGAAGUCGCCAGUGAAGAAGGCCUCUGUACGAAAUCUCCCCACGAACGAUGCAUCAGACACUUCCGAUGUUCCCGAUGGCACUUCAAAUGCCGCCAAACCGACCAGAGAUACCAGGGAUGAUUCUGAAAGCGAGAUGUCCGUGGUACUUGAUGAAGAGCCUAAGGCCCCACGCAAGCAACAGAAAAGUGCCGGGGGAACUGCAACCAAGACGAAGAAAGUCCCUAAAGCUAAGGAUGAAGAUAUCAGCCCGGACCAGGCUGAAAUCAAACGGCUGCAAGGAUGGCUCAUCAAAUGUGGGAUCCGUAAGCUGUGGGGUAAAGAGCUGGCGCCAUAUGACACCCCCAAGGCCAAGAUCAAGCAUCUCAAGGGAAUGUUGGAGGAUGCUGGAAUGACUGGCCGGCCAUCUCAAGAAAAGGCAAACCAGAUCCGCGAAGAACGGGAGCUAAAAGCGGAUUUAGAGCAGAUCCAGCAAGGCGCAAAACAUUGGGGCGCCAAAAGUGACGAGGAGAAUGAGGAAGGUGUGAAGCCUCGGCGUAAGGUGUCUCGGGGGCGACAGUCGCUUGCGUUCUUAGAGAGUGAUGGCGAAGAAACUGAUUGA